CCUGUUUACUCCCGCAGUUCAGUCAACGUGUUGUUGUGCUCAUCAUCACAUCCGCCAGUGUGGCGAUGAGAAAUGUACCGGAAAUUAUUGGCAACCGCUAGCAUCUUGAUCGGACUUUUAUCCAUCAGUGCCCAGAUUGCAAGUUAUGCCGUCACUCGCCAGGUGGUUGAUUACGUCUCUUCGGGAUUAUGGGGCGGGGCUGUGAUGAUAGCAGCCGCCACUUUGAUUAUACUAGACAGACCCGGCAAGGAUCUUUGGAUACUGAUACUUACCUGUCUGUCAAUUGCCAGCGGCUUAAUUAUGUUGGUCAUUUACUCCUGGAAUUUGAAUCGAUUCUUCAAAGUUUACACGACGUGGGAAAUUUGCGAAUUUUACGCACCCGGUCUCCUCAUCGAUCCUGAGUCGUGUAAAGCCCUGGUGACUCUGCAUGGACUGAUGAUAGCCCUCGGCUCUUUUGCCAUCAUCGUCAACUCGGCUAUUCUCUACUCCACCUGUCGCCGGCCAAUCAACAGGUCCAAACCGACUUACUUCUACAAAUCGGAUCCAUUGGCUCCACCUAGAACGCGCAGCACAUUAAUUUAAAAUUUAAUUCCUUAAUCCUUACCUUAUUAAUAAAAAAUCACUUCCUGAAA